CACCGUGACGACUUGAUAGUUUCAUUAGAACAUAUCUAUCUGGCAGUCGCCUAUAUUGAUAGGCGAAUAUCGUCCUAUUAAAUCCGAUCCCACCAGCAUGGCAGACGUCCGUUCGUUGCUCCGAAGCGAGCUUGCUUCCCGCAGGGGCACGGCCCAGACAGGGAGCAACACGCCGAACCGCGUCACCAAAAAGAGAAAAGUAGAUCCGACGGAUUCAUUAACGCGCAAGCGAGUCAAACAAACAAGCGCCGAACAACUGCUCGCAAAUGCACAAAUACACCCUCCAAGAGCGCAGGUCUUAGGUGAAGAUGGUGAUGACGUCGAACCGCUGCAGCAGGAUUCAGAUAUCAUGAGGACAGAGUCAGACACGGCGACUCCAACUCAGCUGGAAGAUCCUCAGGACAAGACCGCGCAGACCUCUAAAACCCCUUCUAAACUAGAAUCUGAAGCACCUACGAACCCUGAAACGCAAAGUAUUGAUGAGGACGAAUGGGCGGCUUUUGAGCGUGAAGUCGCUGCGCCAACGCGUGUUCCGCAGAAGCCGGCUGCUGUUGCGGCGACCGCGACAAUAUCAGCUGCUCCGAUAACCGCGGAAGAGCUUGCCGCGUUGCAAGAGAGAGAAAAGGAGUCUUUCAGGCGAAAUCGGGAGGCGGAGGCGGAGGGUGAGCGGGAGGAUGCCGCGCGGUUUCUGGAGGAGGAAUUCGACGAGAUGGAGCAAUUGGAGGAAAGGGUUAGACGGCUGAAGCAAAUGCGAGAACAGCUGAGACUGAAACGGGCGACGGAGAGUGCUGAAGUUGACGAGGCUGGAACUGCUGAGGUGGUCCCCACAGAGCCGGACUUGAAUGUUGCCAAUGCCACCACGGCCGAUAACAAAAACGAGGACGAAGAAGACGAUGAUGACGAUGACGCUGAUGAUGACUGGGAUAAUUGGAGAUUUAGCGACAUUAAGAUUUUUGACCCAACCUUAUUCGCAACUUACUCAGAAUUACCACGAUGA